CUGGCACUAUGGCAUCAUAUUCGUCACCGAAACACCAUACCCUCCAUCUUUGCACAAACCGUGGCUCGGCACCCGGACAAGCCCGCGCUUGUGUACGAAGCCACAGGAGAAACGUGGACUUUCUCCCACUUAGAUCAGAUCUCCAAUGCUGUGGCCCAAUGGGCUCUGAGCCAGGGCUGGACCUCAGGAGAUGUGGUGGCCCUGUUCAUGGAGAGCCGGCCGCUCCAAGUGGCCCUCUGGCUGGGCCUGGCCAAAGUAGGCGUCGAGGCCGCUCUGAUCAACUUUAACCUCCGACGGGAUUCACUCCUGCACUGCAUGGGGGUGUCAGCAUCCCGAGCGCUGGUUUUCGGAGCAGAGCUAGCAGACGCGGUGUAUGAAGUGAGCUCCUCUUUGAGUGAGAGUAUGGUGCGGUUCAGCACGGGAGACCUCAGACCAGACCAGAUGGCCGCUCUGAAAUGUCACCCCCUUGACUCCAUUCUGGCAUCGGCCCCUCGAAACCCACCACUCUGUACCGUGUCCAAGGGCUUCAAUGAUCGUUUGUUCUAUAUCUACACUUCUGGCACCACAGGACUCCCAAAAGCUGCUAUAGUGGUGCACAGUCGAUAUUACAGGAUUGCUGCUUUCGGCUACCAUUCUUUUCGAAUGCAGCCAGAUGACAUUAUCUAUGAUUGUUUACCCCUCUACCAUUCAGCAGGUAAUAUUAUGGGGGUUGGCCAGUGUUUGAUUCACGGUAUAACCGUGGUGGUCAAGAAGAAGUUCUCCGCGAGUCGCUUCUGGGAAGACUGCAUCAAACAUCAUCAGAUGGAGAGAUUUAAGUCAUUCAUUCGUCUGUCUGUGCUUUCAGGGAUCACCGUGGUGCUGAGGAGGAAGUUUUCUGUGUCUGAGUUUUGGAACGACUGUCGGGAACACGAGGUGACGGUCAUCCAGUACAUCGGAGAGGUCAUGCGUUACUUGUGCAACGCACCCAAGAGCGAGCGUGAGCGGGAUCACCGUGUGCGUCUGGCUCUGGGGAUCGGCAUCCGAGCGGACACAUGGGAGGACUUCCUGCGCCGCUUCGGGAACGUGUGCAUCUGUGAGUGCUACGGAGCCACCGAAGGAAACAUCGGAUUCAUCAACUACACCGGGAAGACCGGCUCCAUCGGGAGAGUGACCGCCAUCCACAAGAUGCUCACCCCUUACGCCUUCAUUCGUUUUAAUCCGGAGACGGAGGAGCCGCUGCGAGACUCUAACGGACUCUGUGUGGAGGUCUCUCCAGGUGAAACCGGGCUGCUGGUGGCAAAGAUCAAUAAGAUCGCUCCGUUCAGUGGUUACGCUAAAAACCCGGCGCAAACAGAGAAGAAGAAGCUGAGGAACGUCUUUAAGAGAGGAGAUGUGUACUUCAACACCGGAGAUCUCAUAUUAGCCGACCGCGACGGCUUCCUUUACUUCCAGGACCGCGUUGGAGACACGUUCCGAUGGAAAGGAGAAAACGUGGCCACGACUGAAGUGUCUGAGGUUUUGCUGAUGCUGGAUUCUGUGGAAGCUGCAAACGUCUACGGUGUGAGAGUAUCAGGUCAUGAGGGACGGAUCGGGAUGGCAGCUCUCAAACUCAGAGACGGGAAGGAGUUUGACCGAUCUGCUACAUACACACACCUGAAGAAGCUCCUGCCGGCCUACGCCAGACCUCACUUCAUCAGGAUACAGGUCACACACACACAUGAACACACCCAAGAACACUCCAUAAUACACACCCAUGAACACACACACACACUCACUGUCUCACACACUAUCACUCACACUCUC